CCCUCACUCUCCCACUGGUUCCUCGGUCACUUGUUUUUCUUUUGCUCCGAAGGCCCCUACCCUUGCAGCACGGACUCGGAGGAUGUAAAUUUCGCCAGAGGAUCUCGCCGAAUUACGGUUACAUAAGAGAUGAAAAAAGGGGCCGGCGGCGGUUUUGCGAGGUUCUCUCAAAAAGCGCCAGCUAUGUGAGGGCUAUUUUAAUUUGAACCCCCCACUGCUCCUCCCAUUUCAUCCCAUCGAACCCCACCUUUCUUUUCCUUCCUUACGUUCUCUUCCUCCUACCACCACCAUCGCCACCACCACCACCACCACCGACAUUGACGACGACUACGACGACACGAACGAAUCCGAUGCUCUUUAUUACACUAGUGACGAUAGCACUAUUCGUGUUCGCCUGGAAGCGUACACUACGACAACCACGCUCCUCGGUGCCGCUACCGCCAGGUCCCAAGCCUCUUUGGCUAUUGGGCAACGUCUUCGAUCUAACAGCGAAGGAGCUCUGGCUCGUCGUCACGAAAUGGGGGAAGAAAUUCGGCGACGUCGUCUACAUCCACGUCUUUGGUCAGGGACUAGUGUUCCUGAACAGCCCAGAAGCAGUCAAUGAUUUACUGGAUAAGCGGGGCUCUGUGUACUCUGAUAAGCCACAACUAGUUAUGAUUGGAGAGUUAUGUGGAUGCAAGAAUAUGGUCGCAUUUACCGGCUACGGCGACAAAAUGAGGAGGCAGCGUAAAAUCCUGACGAGCGCUCUGGGUAUCAAGGCCGUUCCGGCGUAUCAUCCGCUUAUGGAAGAGGAGACGCAGGUGUUUUUGAGGAGGCUUUUGGCUACCCCCGAUGAGCAUUUGCUCCAUACGCGCAGGUAUGCUGGAGGACUUACCCUCUCGGUAUUGUACGGCUACACGGUCGAGUCCAAUGACGACCAGUUUCUCCGAAUGGCCGAAGAGUGCGUGGAUAUCCUCUCAAACAGAAUCGCAUCUGGCGGAGGGAUUUGGCCGGUGGAUAUCUUCCCUUCGUUGAAGAACUGGCCUCUCUGGGCUCCAGGCUCUGGGUUCAGGAAGAACGCGAUGAUCUGGAAGGCCAAGAUGGAGGAAUUUGUGGAAAAGCCGUUCGAGUAUACUCUCAGGUCGCUGAAAUACGGGACUUAUGCGCCUUCAUUCUGCUCAAGACUGCUCGAGGAGAUGGAUAACCACUCUGAUCAGUUUAUGUUUGAUCUCAAAUGGACGGCGAACUCGAUGUAUUCCGCCAGUGGAGAUACGACUAUCACGACCGUCAUGCAUUUCAUCUUGGCUAUGAUACUCCAUCCCGAGGUACUCGAAAAAGCACGUCAAGAGAUUGACAGCGUCGUUGGAACCGAACGUCUCCCCACUUUUGCUGACCGCGCUUCCUUGCCUUAUGUUGAUGCUAUUUUGAAAGAGACCUGGAGAUGGGGUGUUCCAGUUCCGCUAUGCCUCCCGCAUCGGCUCAUGGAAGACGAUGUCUAUCGGGACAUGCUCAUCCCCAAAGGUUCUUUGGUAUUUGGGAACAUCUGGUCAUAUUUAGGUCCAUUCCUACGAGACGAGUCGAUAUAUCCGAAUCCUGAUGCCUUUGAGCCGGAGAGGUUUUUGAAGCCUGUGGAUCCUGUGACCGAGAAGCGGAGAGAUGUGCGGAAUUACGUGUUUGGAUUCGGGAGACGGACGUGUCCUGGUUCACAUCUCGUCGAGUCGUCGGCAUGGCUGUUGAUAGCGAGUAUGCUGGCCAUGCUGGACAUAACGAAAUCUGUGGACGAUGAGGGUAACGUCAUCGAACCUGUGGUGGAGUUCGAUAAUUCGGUGUUUAGAACACCAAACCCAUACAAGUGUACCAUUAAGCCUCGAUCUGAACAAGCUGUAAGGGUCAUCAGUCAGGCGGGUCUGUAAUUGCUAUAAAUAUUGUUGUUGUUCUCGGUUUUCUUCUUUCGUUUGUGUUAUUCUUAGUCUGUACUUAUCAUCAUCAUCAGCAUGGGAUGUUUUAUUGCAUCAAUUUAAUAAUCAUCACGCACGCAGUUUUUUUAU